UAAAAAGAUUCUCGUUUGCGUACUGCCGUCGUGCAGAUUGAUUUUCUCCUUUUCCCCGCCCAAAGUUAGCGAAAACUAACAUUAUUCCGUUGCAAUGAGUGACAUAGAAUGUGUAAACGGUGCGCGAUUGAACGGCAAUUCAGCCGAUGUAGUGAAAACACCAUUUUUGAUCGGAGUUGCUGGUGGAACGGCGAGCGGAAAGUCUACCGUAUGCAAACGAAUCAUGGAGCAACUAGGCCAAGCUGAUAUGGACCAUACGCAGCGACAAGUCGUCACUAUAAGCCAAGACAGUUUCUAUCGCGAGUUGUCCGAGUCGGAAAAGGCGCGGGCCGAACGCGGUCUGUUUAACUUCGACCAUCCGAGCGCCUUCAACGAGGAAUUGAUGCUUCAAACGUUGCAGGAAAUUCUUCAAGGGAAAAAAGUGGAGAUUAACGAAUAUGAUUAUCGAAGAAACGCAGUUUGCCCGGAAAAGCGAAUUGUUAUAUAUCCGGCGGAUGUGGUGUUGUUUGAGGGCAUAUUAGUGUUCUAUUUCCCCGCCAUCCGUGAUCUUUUUCACAUGAAGUUGUUUGUCGAUACCGAUUCGGACACAAGACUAGCACGACGAGUUCCACGGGACAUUAACGAACGAGGACGAGACUUGGACCAAGUACUCAAUGCUUACAUGAAUUUCGUCAAACCUGCUUUUGAAGAAUUUUGCUCUCCGACGAAGAAGUUUGCGGAUGUUGUAAUUCCAAGAGGAGCUGAUAAUACAGUUGCGAUCGAUCUGAUAGUACAUCACAUUAAUGAGAUCUUGCAUCCCAGUGGCGGAUUCAACCAGAAUGGACAUUAAAUCGUGUGGGGUCAGUUAGGUCAUGUUGGUUCUCGGCAAAAAAUAGUCCUGCAUCGAUCAUAUACUACAGUACAGGACCAAUCUGUGUUACUGGUAUCACAUGUAAACGCUGCCUGAGGAUACAAACCAAUGAUCGUACCAAAGCACAUCAUCGCGAAAACGCAACCAGUGCGGCUCACACUUCUAACUGUCAAAUGUUGUUUCGUCCGGACUUGCCACCGGAACUUAGUAAUUAGAGCGUAAAAACAUAGGCGUAACGGCAAAAAAACCUCAGCAAAACGCAUGCCAAAUCAAUGUUCCAAGCUAACAUACUGCAUGACAGCUAUUUUUUUAUACAGUUUUUCACUGGGAGUUUAAUAACUAGUAUUUUUGCAGUAAUUGGGCAUUUAAAUUCUUUACUGACAUACAUCCCGUAACUUUAAUGGUAAAACGCUAUUUAGACUGAUAAAUUCAAACAAAUAAGCUUCUUGUGAAAGUUUAUAACGUCCAGAUAAAGUAUUUGUUGUGGAUAUUUUGCAACCGAUCCCGUUCAUAAAGUCUUGCAACAAAAACUUUCUCUUUACUCAAAUGCGUUGACAUUUUUGUAACCGGAAGCUUUUGUAACAGCAGUUUCCACCAGUUCUACUAAUGAACUGUUUAAUAAUACAUCUUAUCGUACCCCAGCACUUGUUAAAACAAUAGCCUUUACAAGGCCUUCAGCCUAUUGUGCCACAUAUUCGAAAAUUUUAUGCAUUUAUGCAACAACAUAGAUAUCCUGUUCAAUCGCAUCAAACUAUUGCAACCGCAUUUUUCCCAACAUUCCUCAAUGCAGUUCUAUAGUUAAUUUGCAAGCGACCCAAUUCAAAACACAUUCCUCCUGCAUCAUCUGUCUGUUCGUGCCACUGCCAGGUUUAGAUAUCUAUUUCCACGACCAUCAUUCAGCUAAACCAACUUUUCGUUUAACCAUAAAUCAGUGAAUUGCUGCAGCGCAAGAUUACACAUACAAAUGAUAGUUUAAAUACCAAAAACACAACUUUAGCCGUCUGCAUUCCUCACUCAGACAAGGCUAAUUGUUAAAAACACUCUUACUCUGAUUUAAGAUCUACGAUCGCAUCAUCUGAUUAGAUGAACAUGCGAAAAGCAUACGUGUUUAGCAUUAAAAAAAAGAAAACAGUACAUCAGGAAAACGCAAAACAAAUACGAUACUACAUAAUCGAAACGAAUGGUGAUCAUACAAUCGAUAAGACCAAUACCCUAAUAAUCUGAUAAGGCAUGUUUUGUGUAUGGCACAAUAAAGAGGACAUUUUUCG